AUGUUUCACCCUGCAGCUGAGCAGGACCCGACCAACCCUCUUGGUCUUCCAAUUUACGAAUGCUGGUUCUGUCCAACUAGGUGGAUAGGAUUUUCCGGUCUUCUCUUCCACCUUGAAGACGGUGUCUGCGUGAAGAAAGACCGUAUCCGCACCCUUGCCUUCGAGUGCCCCGAGUAUGGCUUCUAUGGAAACCAUCUCACCGACGAUAAUCCAUUCUUCUGCUUCAAAUGCCACGCUCAAUUUCCUCAAAUUUCAUACCUUUAUUACCAUGUCGAGCGCAGCCCUUCCUGCUCGCACUUGCUCGGCAAAUCCGAGUGCCUGGAUGCUCUCCGUGACUUCUACAUUGAGUACUACAAUUGCCCUGGUACAGAUUACAUCCACUUUUGA